CCACUAGUUGCCUGUCGGUAGACUAAUUAAACGUGUGUGAUCAGAUCCUUCUCCAAUUCCGAUUUGAUUUGAGUUUUUUUUUUGGUUUUGUAUCUAGCACCUCCUAGCCAAAGCCAAAGCCAAAGCCAAAGCGCAGAAGAACAUUCAUAGAGUAGUAGGAAAAUCGACAAGUGAUCCCAUCGGUUGUAUUUGACUUCUACAUGGAUUCGUUGAUCAUCCGUCCACAGGAUUAGAUCUUAGAUCUAUUUUGCUUCUCGUCGUUUGUGAUAAAAAAAAGAAGGAGAUGGAAUCGAGCAGAGGAGGAGGUGGAAUCCAGCAGUUGCUUGCUGCUGAACAAGAAGCUCAACACAUUGUCAAUGCUGCCAGGACCGCAAAGAUGGCUAGGCUGAAGCAAGCCAAGGAAGAGGCUGAGAAAGAGAUUGCCGAGUACAAGGCUAAAACUGAGCAAGACUUCCAGAGGAAACUUGAGGAGACAAGUGGAGACUCGGGUGCGAAUGUGAAGAGGCUGGAGCAAGAGACUGAUGCCAAAAUCGAGCAGCUCAAGAACGAAGCUUCCAGGAUUUCCAAUGAUGUUGUGGAUAUGCUCCUCAAACAUGUCACCACUGUCAAGAACUGAGACUUGAUUCGCUUUUGAACUGAGAUGGAUUUCAGUCAGACACUCAAAUCUCAUAUUAAAUUUGUUGCUACGAGUUAUUUAUUAUCUGCUCUCUUUUUCGUUCUUGUAAUAUCUCUUUGUUGUUGUAUUCAUAAUAAUGUCUUUGGGGGUUGUAAGAAAAUUGAGAACAAAAGACCUCGUUUAUUUUAUUUUGAAUUGUGUUAGUAAAAAAAAAAACAAAUCUCCAUUUUUGGGCUUUA